AUCAUAGGCCCACACAACCUGAAGCUGUACAGUGCGAAGCGCAAGGCGGAGGACAACUUCCAGUUCCGGUCCAUGUACUCGGGCGACUACAGCUUCUGUAUGGACAACACGGACCACAUGGCAGCUACUGUUCAGCUCAGCUACCACAUCGGCCACAAACCGCACACCCAUGAGGUGGCCAAGGAUGAGCACAUGCAGGGAGUGCUUGGUCAGGUGGAGUCAAUUCGUUCUGGUCUGGUCUUGGUGCAGCAGGAUCAGGCCUAUUUUCAAGCCCGCGACGAACGGCGACGGAGAA